CACUAAAUCGCUAGCGUUAUGGGAAGUGGCUUCGGGAAUUGUCCUUUUUGGGUGACAUAUGUGGCGGUGUAAUGGUACCUUCUCACAGAACCAUGGCUUCGCCUCCUCUUUCCUUCCGGGUGCGAUCCAUUGGCCCUCCCUUGACUGGUUCAUUGGAUCAGCAGUCGGUCAAAGCAAGAAUCGGGAAAUUCUCGCUCGUGCGGAGCUCGGCAGGAUCACAUGUGUCAAUAGAUAUUGCAACCCCGAACUUAUGGACACAUACGUCCCGCGGAGUGAUUCCGCACUUGACGAGGGAUCAAGUUUCGAGACUAUUAUUCAUUAAAGGAAUACACAUUUCCUUUGAAUCCUAGUAUGAAACCCCGUUCUGAGAGAAUGAGAUGCCUUGUCCCUCAAGACGACUCGUUUACUUCAGCUUAGAGCAUCUCACACCGGUUCCCACCUUGCAACCCGGCGAUUAUCCUCUGCAUGAAUUCCAUGGGUUCCCACAGACGAAUCAUAUAUUAUCGCUAGGGUUGCGUGACACGAACGACCCAAGGACGCUCAAAGGAAACGGAAAUGAUUUCGUGAUAGUUCAGACUAUCAGAGGAUCCCGCAAGGUCACUCCCGCCACUUUUACCUCCUUCGCUCGGACACUCAAACCCGACAUACUCUUCGCUCUCCCAGACAUCCCGUACACGCAACCCCCGUACUCCCAAAAACGUGUUACAAAGUCGAUUGAGCGGACCCAGCGCUGGCUGACUAAUACUCUCAUAUCUCAGCAUACUGCUGGCGCGGACACAAAGGUAAUACCUGCCAUAUUUGGGCAUUUACUUGGGGGCGCGGCCCAUGAUGCCAGAUCCGCUUUCUCGGCGGGUUUGCUGGAGCCAUUUGAUAGCAAGACAGCCCCUUCGCUUCCUCAUUUGAACAACCUUGACGAGGCUUUGGAUGGAUACGUUCUGGACCUCAUCCCUAUACGGCUCUCGCUAGGCGAAUUUGGCCCUGGGGUAGCACCGCCGCACCCUGGUUCCGAAUCAUCAUCGACUGGGACGCCAGACCUUCCCCUUAACAUUCCAAAUCGGUCGCAAUAUACUACAUUGCUUCUAUCAUCUCUUGACCCCUUGCCAUCAUCAAAACCACGAUUGAUAACAGGAGUAACGGCACCGCACGAUAUACUGCACCACAUAGUUCGGACCGGGAUUGAUCUAUUCGAUAGUGCCUGGGUUCAGCACGCGGCAGAUUGGGGUAUAGCGCUCGAUUUCACGUUCCCGGCUACCAAAGGUUCAACCGCUACAAAGGCAAUUGGGCACAACCUUUAUGAUGAGAAAUAUGCAUUAGAUUUUUCCCGAUUCGCCAAUGACCUGAAGGGUGCUACAGAAUUGAAGGACGACGGUGUCCUAGAAGAUCCACAAUUGCUGAGGACAUGUCCAUGUGCUGCCUGCUCUCCAUCUCUGGUAGACCCUGCAGCCGUCACUGUUGAUCAACGUCUCCCUGGAUCGGAACCGUCAUCCGUCGAAUUUUCGGGAAGCAAGACCCACGCUCCGCCUUUUACUCGCGCGUACCUCCACCAUCUCUUACACACUCACGAAAUGUCUGCACAUACCCUCCUUGCGCUACAUAAUCUAUCAGUUCUGGACUUGUUCUUCGUUGGGAUUCGAGAUGUACUUGGGGAGGACGAGACGAUUGGGGAUAGGUUCAUCGCCGAGGUGGAACGUUUUAAAGAGAUAUAUGACGAAGAAGGAUGGUACGGUCCGAACGGAAUUCUGGAGGCAGGGAGGACCGCAUGGCGCAAUGUGGACUUGGCAAGGGGAAAGGGGAGAUUCAAGAGGGAGCGAACAGCUGGAGGCCAAGCGCAACAAGCAGCCGAAGUAGCGGAUACCGAAGCCACCUAGACCCGCGU